CCGGCCUAGCCGAGUGCGGCGCUGUGAUUUAAUCCAAGCCCGGGGGUCCCACGAGUGCAGCGCUGUGAUUUAUCCGAAUCCGGGGGUCCCAUGAGAGCAGCGCUGUGAUUUAUCCGAAUCCGGGGGUCCCACGAGUGCAGCGCUGUGAUUUAUCCGAAUCCGGGGGUCCCACGAGUGCAGCGCUGUGAUUUAUCCGAGUCGCAGCCCCCCCCCACGGCCGCAACCACGGGGGGCUGCGAGUUUCGGGGACAAGGUGACCUCAGCAGGGACCAAAAGGCAGCGAAUUCGGCGUGGGAUUUCAUUAACUCGCCGCGAGCUUUCCCGGGGAAGGGGCGCAGCUGGGGGGCCCUCGAGCCGGCUGGCCCCCGUUCCUCGCCCCCCCACGCAGGGCGCUGCCCUGCUGCCCACGGGAAGGGCAUCGAGCACCGGGGCCGAACAGGGCCGUAAAUUGUUCCCGGCCGGAGCCGGGGCUGCCCCGACCAUUACCAUAACCAUCCCGAGAAUGCGAGUAGACCGAAUCCUGCAUAAAACCGCCCAAACCGGGCGCCGCGAUAAUACUUGCCUCCCGCGUCCCAUCAUAUAAAAGCCGGACGCGGCAAAGCCCGAACGGGAGGGUUUCGCCUCCGUCCCCCCCCCCGGGAGGUCACCGGGGCCGGUAAUCUCGGCCGGGUGGGACGGGGAGUGUGAGCAGACUGCUAAUGAGGCCCGCGAGUUAAAUAUUGCCAGGGCGCCAGCGAGGACCUUCAGAAAGACCGUUUCCUCCCCCCAAAAAAAACCCGCUUUCCGGGGAGCGCUGGGUUUGCUGCGGGAGGCGGGGGCGGCCCGAGCGACCCCGGCGUCAAUGGGGGUUUUGUGGACGGCGGCGGGUCGGGAUUCCUGCCCGAAUGCCGCCGUGUGCCCCCGCGGCGGAGGCGGAGGUCAGGCCCGGCCUUGUUUUGGGCAGAAAUCCCCCCCUUUUGGCCUGCUGCGAGGUGGCACUGAGUUCCCGCAGGAGCCAUCUCCCCGCGGGGUCCCUCUUCUCCCCCAGGGCCUCCACGGCCCCCCAUCUCCCCAGGGUGCCCAUCUCCCCCCAGAGCCCCCCGCCGUCUCCCCCCAGGGCCUCCAUCUCCCCCCAGGCCCCCGUAUUGCCCAGGGAGCCCAUCUCCCCCGUGCCCUCCAUCUCCCCCAGGCCCUCCCAUCCUCCCUGACCAUCUCCCCCGCCAGCCCUCCAUCCCCCCCCCCGGGACCCCCUUCCCCCCCACCAGCCCUCCAUCUCCCCCAGGCUCCCCAUCCCCCCUGACCCCCAUCUCCCCCAGACCCCCCUUCUCCCGCAGGCCCCCAUCUCCCCGGCCUCCCUCUCCCCCCUCUCCCCCGGCCUCCCUCUCCCCCGCGGGGCCGGGAGGGCGGAGCGGGGCAGGGCGACGCCCUCGGGCCGGGCCGGGCCGGGUCGGGUCGGGCCCCGGGGGGCAGCGCCGAGCCCCGUCGAGCCGAACCGAGCGGAGCUGCGCGGAGCGGAGCCGAACCGAACCGAACCGAACCGAGCGGAGCGGCGUCGAGCGGCACCGAAGCGAGCGGAGCCGAACCGAACCGAACCGAGUCUAGUGGAGCGGAGCGGAGCCGAACCGAGCCGAAGCGGACGGAGCGGAGCCGAACCGAACCGAGCGGAGCCGCGCGGAACCGAACCGAGCCGUAGCCGAGCCGAAGCGGGCGGAGCGGAGCCCAACCGAACCGGCCGGAGCGGAACGGAGCCGAGCCAAGCGGAACCGAACGGAGCGGAGCCGACCUGACCCGAGGCGGAGCAGAGCCGAACCGAGCCGUAGCCGAGCCGAACCGAGCGGAGCGGAGCCGAACCGAGCGGAGCCGCGUGGAGCCGAACCGGAGCCGCGUGGAGCCGAACCGGAGCCGGACCGGGUGGAGCGGAGCCGACCCGAGCCGAACCGAGCGGAGCCCAACCGAACCGGCCGGAGAGGAACCGACCCGAGCGGAGCCGAACCGAGCCGUAGCCGAGCCGAAGCGGGCGGAGCGGAGCCGACCCGAGCGGAGCCGACCCGAGCCGCCGCGAGCGGAGCCGAGUCAAGCCGAAGCCGAGCCUCCCCGAGCGGAGCCGCCCCGAGGCGGCGGCGAUGGGCGGCGGGGCGCUGGAGCUGGCGGGGCUGGCGGCGGCGCUGGGCGGCUGGGCGGGGGCGCUGGCGGCGGCGGCGUUGCCGCAGUGGCGGCAGAGCUCCUACGCGGGCGACGCGAUCAUCACGGCCGUGGGGCUGCACGAGGGGCUGUGGAUGAGCUGCGCCGCGCAGAGCACCGGGCAGCUCCAGUGCCGCCUCCACGACUCGCUGCUCGCCCUCGACGCCCACAUCCAGGCCUCGCGGGCCCUCAUGGUGGUCUCCCUCCUCCUCGGCUUCUUCGGCCUCAUCGUGAGCGUCGUGGGCAUGAAGUGCACCAAGGUGGGCGAGGACGACCCCGUCACCAAGGGCCGCGUCGCCGGCGCCGGCGGCAUCCUCUUCAUCCUCUCCGGUCUCUGCACGCUGGCCGCCGUCUCCUCGUACGCCGCCCGCGUCACCCACGACUUCUUCCACCCCGGCACGCCGGUGAACGCCAGGUACGAGUUCGGCUCGGCGCUCUUCGUGGGCUGGGCGGCCGCCGGCCUCGCCGCCCUCGGCGGCUCCCUGCUCUGCUGCUCCUGCCCCGCCGGGCAGCGGCCCCCGCCGCAGCGCUACCGGCCCUCGCAGCCCUCCACCGCCCGCGAGUACGUCUGACUCCAUCCCUCCAUCCAUCCAUCCCUCCAUCCAUCCCUCCAUCCAUCCGGGGCGGCGGAGAGCCCGACCGUCCCCGGCUUCGGAAAUGUUCGAGCAGGCGGAAAAAGGGACAAACAGCAGCUUGCGUUUAUUUUCCGCCCAGUUCCAAGGUAUCCCGCGGGAUGCAGAGCCUCGGCGGGGGAAAAACCUUUAAAAACUGAUUUUUCUUCUUUUUUUCCCCCUUUCCUGCUGCUUGCAACCCCCCUUCCCGCAAUGGGAUCCCCAGUGAACUCGCCGAGCCCCAAAACGCUGUUUGCCUCCAGCAACAUGACCCGGCCGUCACUAACUACCGGUCCUGCUAUCUCCUAUUUUCCAACCUGAUUUUAUUUCCAGCCUGGUUUUAUUUUCCAGCCCUUUUCUCCCAUUCCUGCAGCCCCCACGGUUUUUUCCCACUGGAGCCGUGGCUGUGCCCAAGGAUCCGCCAGCAUCGCGGCCCCCGAAUCGCCCCCAGGGCUGAUCAAUCCCCUGCGAUCUGCCCAAAAUUGCUUUUUUUUUUGGCUUUUUUAUGUUCACACCCACACGCCGUGAAUAAAUUUUGCCGAUUUGCAUUACACAGGGAUGCGAUUCAGUGGAAAUGCGGGCAACAUCGCCCGGCGCUGCAAGGGAAGCCGCUCGGUGCCUUUUGGGGUGAUUUCUCCACGAAAUGGCCCUCCCUUUCUUCCUUUAUUUUCUUUUUUAAAUCGCACACCCCAUGUUAAAAUAAUAACUUAAAAUAACAGUGCUCGGCGGUCCGAAGCCACCUUAGGGGUCCCCUUCCAAAAAAACCCAGGCCAAAGCUCCCAUAACGAGGAUUUAAAAGAAAAUACACAAUUUAAAAGAAAAAAAAAAA